AUGCCUAAGUCUGUUUAUUUAGGGUUGGGGAUAAAUGGGGCCCCAUCGAACAAGAAACCAGAAUUCAGCUGUUACGCAUGCGUGGACUUAAAGGAGGGCGAAAAAUGUGAACAGACAUCUGUUUGUCAAACUGGCCACAGUUGUAUGAACAAGGAGGAGAACAAUGCAGAAGAAUGUUACUGGGCCAGUAUGGGUGCUUUUGAGGGCAAAUGUACAUUCUGCUGUGAUGAGAGUUGGUGUAACAACGAGAUUUACACAGCAAAAUCAGGAGUUGCUCCAGAAAGUGAACGAAAUGAUAUAGUUCCACCCCGUCGAGCCGCGUUAGACAGGCAUGGUAUACCGUUUGCAUACGGAGGAAGUCUUUUUAAUAGUAGAGCAAAGCCCCCCACGAAACCGGCCUCAAAUACACAUGGCCACCAACUAGCUGCUACAAAGCCAGUGUCUGCAGGAGCUGGUCCCGCCGGACCAAAACCUCAUGGUCCUAAACCUGGUAGUGCUAAACCAUCUACAAAUCCAGUGUCUGCAGGAGCUGGUCCCGCCGGACCAAAACCUCAUGGUCCCAAACCUGGUAGUGCUAAACCAUCUACAAAUCCAGUGUCUGCAGGAGCUGGUCCCGCCGGACCAAAACCUCAUGGUCCCAAACCUGGUAGUGCUAAACCAUCUACAAAUCCAGUGUCUGCAGGAGCUGGUCCCGCCGGACCAAAACCUCAUGGUCCCAAACCUGGUAGUGCUAAACCAUCUACAAAUCCAGUGUCUGCAGGAGCUGGUCCCGCCGGACCAAAACCUCAUGGUCCCAAACCUGGUAGUGCUAAACCAUCUACAAAUCCAGUGUCUGCAGGAGCUGGUCCCGCCGGACCAAAACCUCAUGGUCCCAAGCCUGGUAGCGCUAAACCUUCUACAAAACCAGCCUUUAAUUCCACCGUACAAGGUCAUACUAACCAAAACCCACCAACUAAUUCUGGAAGCGGUCCGAUAGGCCCAGGAGCUACAACAUCCAAACCAACGCCUGUAUCAUCAACUAAACCACCCGUGACGCCAUCUACCGCGCCGUCUAAAACCUCGAAACCUAAUCCAACCAAUUCUCCAUCUACUCAAUCUCCAAUCACUCAAAGUCCGGCAUCGUAUGGAGGCCAAUCUGGAGGAAACUCUGGAGGAAACUCUGGAGGAAAUUCUGGAGGAAAUUCCGGUGGCAACUCCGGGGAACAAAGCGGAAAAUGUCAUCAACACAAUGGCAAUAAUUGUUGUACAAAUCACAGAAUUGACAUAGAUGUGCAUAUACACAUCGAUGGCGGGAAACUUUCGUCGAUUAUGAACGGUAACAGUAAUCAAAACAAUCAACAUGGGAACACGAGCCAUCAUCACCACCACAACGGUAAUCAUAAUAACAACAAUCACUCAAAUACACACAUGAAUAGUAACACCACCAGCAGUCACAGUAGCACCACCAGCUCUAGUAGCAACACAAACACCAGUAACAGCAGUUCCAGUAGCAACACAAACACCAGUAACAGUAGUUCCAGUAGCAGUAGUAAUACAAACACAAAUAGUAACAACAACACAAGUAGUAGUAGCAACACUAAUGUCAGUAGUAAUAAUACUACAAGUUCCAGUAGCAAUGGUAAUAGCAACACAGGAUCCGGUAGUACAACCAACACAAGCUCGAGUAGCAGCACAAGUUCCAGCAACAAUAGCAGCACCAGUUCCAGUAGCAGUGGUAAUAGCAACACAGGUUCCGGUGGUACAACCCAAACAAGCUCCAGUAGCAGCGCAAGUUCCAGCAACAAUAGCAGCACCAGUUCCAGUAGCAAUGGUAAUAGCAACACAGGAUCCGGUAGUACAACCAACACAAGCUCGAGUAGCAGCACAAGUUCCAGCAACAAUAGCAGCACCAGUUCCAGUAGCAGUGGUAAUAGCAACACAGGUUCCGGUAGUACAACCAACACAAGCUCGAGUAGCAGCACAAGUUCCAGCAACAAUAGCAGCACCAGUUCCAGUAGCAAUGGUAAUAGCAACACAGGAUCCGGUAGUACAACCAACACAAGCUCGAGUAGCAGCACAAGUCAGAGUAGUUCCAAUACCAACACUCAGAAUAGCGCCAAUACCAACACUCAGAAUAGCUCCAAUACCAAUUCUCAGAGUAGCUCCAAUACCAACACUCAGAAUAGCUCCAAUACCAACACUCAGAAUAGCUCCAGUAGCACAAGUCAGAAUACCGCGAAUACCAACUCUCAGAGUAGCUCCAAUACCAACACUCAGAAUAGCUCCAAUACCAACACUCAGAAUAGCGCCAAUACCAACACUCAGAGUAGCUCCAAUACCAACAUUCAGAAUAGCUCCAAUACCAACACUCAGAAUAGCUCCAAUACCAAUUCUCAGAGUAGCUCCAGUAGCACAAGUCAUAAUAGCGCCACUACCAACACUCAGAGUAGCGCCAAAAACAACACGCAGAAUAGUGCCAAUACCAGUAGUCAGAGUAGCUCCAGUAGCACAAGUCAGAAUAGCGCCAAUAACAACACUCAGAAUAGCUCCAAUACCAAUUCUCAGAGUAGCUCCAAUACCAACACUCAGAAUAGCUCCAAUACCAACACUCAGAAUAGCUCCAGUAGUACAAGUCAGAAUACCGCGAAUACCAACUCUCAGAGUAGCUCCAAUACCAACACUCAGAAUAGCUCCAAUACCAACACUCAGAAUAGCGCCAAUACCAACACUCAGAGUAGCUCCAAUACCAACAUUCAGAAUAGCUCCAAUACCAACACUCAGAAUAGCUCCAAUACCAAUUCUCAGAGUAGCUCCAGUAGCACAAGUCAUAAUAGUGCCACUACCAACACUCAGAGUAGCGCCAAAAACAACACGCAGAAUAGUGCCAAUACCAGUAGUCAGAGUAGCUCCAGUAGCACAAAUCAGAAUAGCGCCAAUAACAACACGCAGAAUAGUGUGAACUCUUAUUCCAGCGGGAGUCCUGCCAGCCAAAAGCCACCUACCAGUAGCAGUCAGGGAACCUCAAGUAAAAUGUCCACCACACCUGGUCCAAGUACCACCCCAACACCUGUCGCUCAAACAGGUAAAACUACAGCUGGGAUCGCCCAGCAAACUAUUAUAGCCACUGGAGCGUCGAGCACACCAUCAGUCACGACAAAACAGCCCCAAACGUCAACACCAACAACAAAGCUACCAUCCAUGACAAAGUCAUCAACUGCAGCAGCGGCGACGAAGAAGGCGACGACAGGUCUUCUAAAGACUUUGGGAACGACUGUCAAGUCAAAGGUCACAACAAAAGCCCCAGUUACAACACCAUCAUCUGCAACUGCAACUCCUGGCACAACCAAAGCUCAAACACGUGCACAAACGUCAACAACUGCACCACCCACCACAGCAGCUCCAAAAACAACUAAAGUACCAACAACUGUUGUACCAACCACGACUGCAGUUCCAAAAACAACCAAAUUGCCAACAACUGUUGUACCAACCACGACUGCAGUUCCAAAAACAACCAAAGUACCAACAACUGUUGUACCAACCACGACCGCAGUUCCAAAAACAACUAAAGUACCAACAACUGUUGUGCCAACCACGACUGCAGUUCCAAAAACAACCAAAGUACCAACAACUGUAGUGCCAACCACGACUGCUGCACCAAUUACAACCAAAGUACCAACCACCACUGCAGCACCAACUACAACCAAAGUGCCAACCACCACUGCAGCACCAACUACAACCAAAGUACCAACAACUAAAACACCCACAACUCCUACACCAAUCUCGACAGCUUCUACGUCAGGUCCGACGUCAACGGUCCUUAAUACUACAGCAGGACCUACCCAAAACACAGCAUUCCAGUGUUACACAUGUCAGGACAGUCACUGCACUAGUCAGAAGCUUAAAACAUGUCCAUCUAACUCCAACUACUGUCUGACAACUAUUGACCAGGAUCCAACCGGAAACCGAAUCUUCACGAAGGGAUGUGUUACAGAGGCCGUCUGCAUUGACAAGUGGUGGCACAAGACAUCUCCAAAACCUGACUGCCUUCUGAACAUGGACGAUAGCCCUUCGGGACUCCCCGGAAUGGCAAUGACGUGCAGCUUCUGCUGUAUCAACAGCGAGUGUAACGAAUUUGCCCUUCGGGAUUUCUCAAGCUUUUACACUCAGCCAUAA